AUGGACAGGUACCACAUAUACGAAGCCAUAGGCCGGGGUAAGCACAGCGUCGUGUACAAGGGCCGGCGCAAGAAGACCAUCCAGCACUACGCCAUCAAGUCGGUGGACAAGUCGCAACGCCCCCGGGUGCUGCAGGAGGUGCAGGUGCUCCGGUCCCUCUCGCACGACCUGGUGCUCAAGUUCUACGCGUGGUACGAGACCCAGAACCACCUCUGGCUCAUCCUGGAGUACUGCGUGGGCGGGGACCUCCUGGCGCUGCUCAGGCAGGAUGAGGCGCUCCCGCCGAAAUCGGUGGCGGCGUUUGGGAGAGACCUCGCCGUCGCCCUCCGCGUGCUGCAUAAGAGCGGUACCUUACACUGCGACUUGAAGCCGUCGAACGUGCUGGUGGACGAGAACGGGCGGUUGAAGCUGUGCGGGUUCGGGCUGGCGAAAAAGACGGCGGACGCGGCGAAAGACGGACCGGGGGGGGUGAGCGGCGGCGGCGAGGGCGGGCCGAAGGACGGCUUGAGCAAGCGCGGAACGCCGUGCUACAUGGCGCCGGAGCUCUUCACCGAGGGCGGCGUGCACUCGUACGCCUCAGACCUGUACGCGCUGGGGUGCGUGUUGUACGAGUGCUGCGUCGGGAAGCCCCCGUUCGUGUCCAACUCGCUGACGGAGCUGAUGGAGAUGAUCCUGAACGACGAUCCACCGCCGCUUUUCAACGGCGAACGCGCUCGCGAGGUCGGCGAGUCUCCGGCCGGCGGCGGAUCCGCGGUCGGACCCGACCCGCCCACCCCCGCGCUCGCCGACCUCAUUACCGGCCUGCUCGAGAAGGACCCGGCGCGAAGGCUGGACUGGAACGCGGUGUUGCGCCACCCGUUCUGGCGCGAGUCCGGGACCGGGUCGUGCGCGGAGGAUCUUUUGACGUUGGCCUCGCACCCGCUCCCGCCCCAGCCCGCGUUUCAGACGUACCUCGCGGCGUCCGGGACCUCGGGGCGCGCGGAGGUGGUCGCGCACGUCUCCGAUCGUCUCGCGGCGCUGACGACGUCGUCGUCCGCCAGCCCGGCGGGCAGUUCGACGGGGCCCAACCAACGACGGGGGCGCGGCAAAGAAGGGGGCGGCGGCGGCGGCGACGAGAACGCGUCGCCCGGGAGCGGCGGCGGCGGUCGGCGGAGGACGUCCUCAUCCGGGUUCACGCACCAGAACGCGUCGCCCUCCUCACGCGAGGCGCUUCGCAUGUCGGUCAACGCGAGGGCCAACCUGGAGCGCGAGGGGGCGGGUGCGUACGCGAGCAGGACGCCGGAGAAGAGGCGGAGUUCGACGGAGGAGGGCGGCGCAGCCGGCGGCGGCGAUCCGAGCCCCGGCCCGGGCGCGAGCGACGUGGAACUCGCGGACACCGACGCCGAGCUCAACUUUGCCGACGCGACGCGGGACGACGGGGGAGUUAACGACGGGGGAGUCAACGACCGCGAACAUAACCGGUCCCGUCCCGCGAGCGCGGAUCCCGCCGGCGACGAGCACGCGACGCUGUCCCGGGUCGGGUCCGCUCGCGUGGGUGGGGGAACGGGCGACAGAGGUGUUUUGGACGAAGAGGAAGAUGGGGAGGAGGAGGAUGGGGAUGGGGACCUUUUGGGGGGACGCGGGAGACCGACGAGCGCGGGUGGGUACGCGGCGCUCGCGGCGACGACGACGGACGACUCAACCGCGAGGACGCCGCCCCCCGCGGAAUCCGUCGGACGCGGCGCGAGCGGGAUCGAUCGCGUCGAGUCGCUGCCCUCGCCGGCGGCGACGCCGCCCGGCGUCGGCCUCGCGUCGAGUCGGGCCACGUUCGCGAACCGCCUCGUCGAAUCGCGAUCGUUGUCCGGUCCCCGUCACCCGCCUCCUAGGGACGCCCAAUCGAACGACGCGACGAACGACGCCGCGGACGCCGCCGCGAGGGACAUGUGCGCCGAACUGUCGGACCACCCCAGCGACAGCCAGGUGAAGCCCAUCGUGCUGAACCGGCGGAUAGAAGCCGUGCCCGAGUCGCACUACGACCCGAACGCGCUGCCCUUUGAGCCGCUGGCGAUAUCCGAUAUGCUCGCCGCGCCGCAGCAGGACCUGGAGAGGUUUCUCACGCAGAUUUACAGGUCCGUGGCGCACUCGUCGCCCAUCAACGAGAAGGUUAACACGCUGGCGUACUUUGAGACGCUUUGCACGGACACCGCCGCGGCGAACGUGCUCAUCAACUCCAGCCUGAUGACCCUCUUCGUGCGAAUGCUCCGCGCGAGUAAGGCUCCCACGCUGCGCAUACGCCUCAGCUCCGUCAUGGGCCUGCUGCUGCGGCACGCGACGUACAUAUCCGAGGAGCUCGCGUCUAGCGGCGUCGUCACCGUGCUGACGGAGUGCCUGAAGGACAAGAACGAACGCGUCCGACGCAGAGCCAUGGCGACGCUCGGCGAACUCUUGUUCUACAUCGCCACGCAGCAGCACGAGGCUGGGCUCAAGGCGCCGGCUGACGGCGCGGGCGGGCCCCCCGGCGCGUGGCAGAUCCCGCCCGCCACCGUGGGCACGGUGACGCGCAUGCUCCGCCAGGGCGAGGAUGAGAUUGCGCAGCACUACGCGGUGAAGACGAUCGAGAACAUCGCGUCGCACGGCGGGGACUGGGCGCACAAGUUUUCGUCGCAGGAGACGGUUGGUUCGCUGGUGGCGAUCAUGUCCGGCGCCAAGUCCGAGCAGCUGCGCGGCACCGCGGCGUCCACCCUGUCCAGGGCCGCCAGGCACUCCCCGGCGGUGCUCAGCCUGGUGCUGGACAAGUACGGCAUCAAGAUUUUGGUCAACGGUUUGCGCGACACGUCUCCCAAGGUGCAGCAGGCGAGCCUCAACUUACUCAACCGCGGUUUGGCGGACCUCGGCGCCAGGGCUCGCGCGUCGCUCGCCUCCGAGGACAACCGAAUGCUGCUCCCCACCCUCGUCUCCCUCCUCGAGCGGGGCAGCGCGGUGCUCCGCGGCAAGGCGCUCCUCACCCUCGCGUCCCUGUUCCGCCUGCACAACCGGUGGCUCCUCGCCGCGUGCGGAACCCGGCUCUUUUCGUUGGUGGACCGACUCCAGAAGGACAGGGAGCGGUACCUGCAGCGGUGCCUCGAAGCUCUCGUCGCCACCGUCGUCGCCGCGGUGCCCAGGCUUCACGACGCCAUCCUUCGGGAGAUUGACCGCCUCGUCGCCGGCGGCCGGCCGGGGAGCAGGGAGUCGGGAACGCGGAGUCACGGGGGCGUCACCCUCGGGGGCGGCGGGCUCGCGGGCAUCGCGGGCGCCUCGGUCGACCCGUCGCGGCCGGGCACUCCGGGAACAGCCGGAUCCCCGCUGGCGCUCUUCCCGGCGCUCGUCCACCUGCUCGGGUCGCUCGCGCUUCGCCCGAGGCUGUGCGACGACGCGUUUUUGCUCGCGUGCGCAACGUACGUGUCGAAAGCGGAGGGCCCGAACAGGUGUACCUUCCCCGGCGCCGAACAGUUUCGAACCGACGUCUUCGCGCUCCUCGAGACGCUCUCGCAGUGCGCGCCGACGCUGGUUCAAACUGCGCCGGGCGCGGUGACGAGCGCGUUGCUCCCCGCGCUCGCGGACGUCCUGGCGCGGGGCGGGGGGUCCGGCGCAGGUACCGGGUCCGGGGGGUCGAGCGCGGAUGGCCGGUUCCUGGCGCUGAAGCUGACGUGCGACCUGGCGCUGCCGCUGUGGCUGGACCCGGACCUGGACGAUAACACGGGUUCGGAGCGCGACGGUUCCAAUCCUGGCGAUGACGGUUCCAAUCGCAAUGGACGGCGGGAAGCGCUCGCGGCGCUCAUCCGCGGCGUGCUCCUUCCGCUGUGCCCCGCGCUGCUCGGCGACGAGGACCCGAUACCGCUGUACGCGCUCAAGCUGCUGGGGGGCGCGCUGGAGGCUGACGCGGGAAUGUGCGGCGACGCCGCGCGGUUGGGUUUGGCGCCCAAAUUUUUCGAGUUUCUCUCGCUCGAGCACACCAACAACAACGUGCACAACGUGCGUCUGUGCCUCGCGCUCGCGAGGUCCAGAGCCGUGCGCACCCUCGAGCUCCUAUGCGACUUCGCCGCGGGUCACAAGGUGGCCGCCGUCCUCGCCUACGCGCACGAGAACGCGGUGGAACCCUUCCUGGAACCCUCGCUCGGUAUCUGCGCCGCGCUCUUCACUCGCGUCGUCGACUUGCGUGACGAAAACGGUCGUGACGGCUCCGAUCCGCACGACGCCCUCGACGCGGCGAUGGACGGCGUCGCGCCGCUUCUAGACGUCACGCACGUGCUCAUCGAGUGCGCCAGCGCGGGCGAGACGGAGGUUGCGUCCUUCGCCGUCCCAUCGCUCGCCGCGCAGUCGUUACGACUCGCGGUGGACCUGUUCCCGGAGGAGGCGUCGGCAGCCAUCUUCGCCCGGGGAACGCCGCUGGCGGAUGCGGUCGACGCGCUGGGGACGGCUGCGGCGGUGGACAGGGGCGAACGCGGGUUCGCGGAUGUGGAUUUGCCGACGGGCGGUCCGAGUCCGGGCGGCUCGGGCGGCUCGGGCGGCGCGGGCGGCGCGGGCGCGGGCGCGACGUCGUCCUCCGGGUCGAGCUCGCCGAGACGGGGUUUCGCGCGCGCGCAGAGGUCGGGCCUCGGCGCCAUCGCCGCGGCGGCGACGGCGGCGGCGAGGAGAGCGUCGCCCCCGUUUGACGCGAACAGCUUGACCCCGGGUGAGACGACGCGGUUGGAGGCGGCGCUGAGGCGGCUGGCGCGUGGGGAGCCGUGCGGGGUGAUCGCUCGCGCCGCGGCGGAGGCGGCGGACGGGGUGGCGGAGAUGCUCGCCAGGGCGCCCAGGUGA